AGUCGUCUCUGGCAAUAUCUCACAACUCGGCAGGUUUAGAGCGUGAUACUCCCCAAGGCUUACGGGAGGCGGUGGUGGAAGACUGAGAAAAUAUAUAACCCUAGAUGGUGAGCACGAGGGCUUUGGAGGUAUUCAAGAAUCGGAGCAGCCAGAGGACUAAGAAGCCACUUCUGGUUGACCGGCCGUGGUUCGUCUAAGUCCACACCAGCAGGCAAGUUGCGGUCCAAGCUGCGCGCUCCGAGCGUUUUAAGAGCUGAAGGCGGCCCCUCAAAGCACGCACUUUGGACCAGGCUGCCAAUUUUAAAAACAGCGGAUUUGGACAGUGAUGCUAGGAGGGGAAUGAAGGAACCAUGCCCAAGUCAGGGAACCGGAGGCGCAGCGAGUCCCGCGUCCUAGAUACCUAGAAGCCACGCUUCUGGGUAAACCUAACUUCCGGGUCCCGUUCCUGGCCUCCAAGCCCACUAGUCAACAAGCUCCGCCCCUGCCGUCAUCUGCAGAUGCUUGCGCUAAUUGGCUGCUUCUGAAGUCCCGCCCCAGCGUCUCAGCCUUAGGUAACUCCGAGCUCCAACUCCCGCGCCAGCCUCGGGACUCUCCGCUUCCUAUUGGACUACCAAUUUCCAAUCGGAAGGGUUUUUGAACCUCAGUCUUCACGCGGCGCUGGCCAUUGGCGGACAGGAUGGGGGCGGGGCCUGGGGUCGUUGCCGGCGCCGCCCGGGUGUAAGGUGAGGAACUAGAGGCGAACCCCGCGACACAGCGGCCUAGCGUCGACCCUGGCUUCUCUCUCCUCCCCCGCGGGCCCCCACUACCUUCAGAAUGACGCUGGACGUGGGGCCGGAGGAUGAGCUGCCCGACUGGGCCGCGGCCAAGGAGUUUUACCAGAAGUACGACCCUAAGGACGUCAUUGGCAGAGGAGUGAGCUCCGUGGUACGCCGUUGUGUUCAUCGAGCUACUGGCCAUGAGUUUGCGGUGAAGAUCAUGGAGGUGACAGCUGAGCGACUGAGUCCUGAACAGCUAGAGGAGGUGCGAGAAGCCACGCGGCGAGAGACGCACAUCCUUCGCCAGGUCGCCGGCCACCCCCACAUCAUCACUCUCAUCGAUUCCUACGAGUCUUCUAGCUUCAUGUUCCUGGUGUUUGACCUGAUGCGAAAGGGAGAGCUGUUUGACUAUCUCACAGAGAAGGUGGCCCUCUCAGAAAAGGAAACCAGGUCCAUCAUGAGGUCUCUGCUGGAAGCAGUGAGCUUUCUCCAUGCCAACAACAUUGUUCACCGAGACCUGAAGCCCGAGAAUAUUCUCCUAGAUGACAAUAUGCAGAUCCGACUUUCAGACUUUGGGUUCUCCUGCCACUUGGAACCUGGCGAGAAGCUUCGAGAGUUGUGUGGGACCCCAGGGUACCUAGCACCAGAGAUCCUUAAAUGCUCCAUGGAUGAAACCCACCCCGGCUACGGCAAGGAGGUCGACCUCUGGGCCUGUGGGGUGAUUUUGUUUACACUCCUGGCUGGCUCACCACCAUUCUGGCACCGACGCCAGAUCCUGAUGUUACGCAUGAUCAUGGAGGGCCAGUACCAGUUUAGUUCGCCCGAGUGGGAUGACCGUUCCAACACCGUCAAAGACCUGAUCUCAAAGCUGCUCCAGGUGGAUCCUGAGGAGCGCCUGACAGCUGAGCAAGCCCUCCAGCACCCCUUCUUUGAGCGCUGUGAAGGCAGCCAACCCUGGACCCUCACCCCCCGCCAGCGGUUCCGGGUGGCAGUGUGGACCGUGCUUGCUGCUGGACGAGUGGCCUUAAGCACCCAGCGUGUCCGGCCACUGACCAAGAGCGCACUGCUGAGGGACCCUUACGCGCUGCGGCCAGUGCGGCGCCUCAUCGACAGCUGCGCCUUCCGGCUCUACGGGCACUGGGUGAAGAAAGGUGAGCAACAGAACCGAGCCGCCCUCUUCCAGCACCAGCCCCCUGGGCCUUUUCCCAUCCUGGGCCCUGAAGAGGAGGGGGAACCAGCUGCUAUCACCGAGGAGGACGCCAUGCUGGCACUGGGCUAGCACUUCGGCCCCGGGGAACCCCACAGUGCAGGACUCUCCAGGAGGAGGAUUUUUAUCAUUCCAGCCCUUCUGGGCUUUGGCCGCAGGCCCCCCCAGCCUGGCCAGGCCCACCACUGCUCAUACGACCAUAAAGACCAGCCGUGUACACCUGUCCCCACCAGCCAAGACUUUGGGAUCGGAGCUGAGGGGGAAGGCAUCCGCGCGCAACAGCAUGCCUGGCCUUGUCAAUGCUGCCUCUGCUGCAUUUGCAAUAAAAUCUGCACUCCGGAGGGAGCCAGUGCCUGGAGU